GUGCUUCUCAAUCGCCUAGAAGGGAUUUGGUGGGCGAGAGCCCCUGGGAGGAAGAUAGUUAUGCAGUUGAUUCCGCGCUUGAUCGGUUUUGAAGAGUGGGAGGGUAUUGUGAACUGGGCUAAGGAAGAGGUGGGCUUCCACUGAGACAUGAACAUGAGGCGCAUCCACUGCCCAUCAUGUGACACAGCCACACAAACCUAACACUCUCCUGUUGCGGCACGUCUCUCCCACUUAACCAGGGAACAUACCGUCUCCAUCAUGACCACAUCGGGCGAACACAACCUAGGCAUAGUCCUCGUGACCGGUGGAAGCGGUGGUCUUGCCAGCCAAAUCCUCGAGCUCUUCUCACAACGCGGCUGCACACACCUACACUCAAUUGACUUGCGCCAACCCCGCCAUCAUCUUGACAAUGUCACGUACCAUGAGGCUGACCUUACAGGCAUGGCAGUCAUACGCCUUAUCUUUACAAAAAUCAAGUCAGAUGUCGUUAUCCAUACAGCCAGUCCCAAAUUCGAUGCGAAGCGGGAUAUUCUGUAUAAGGUCAAUGUAGAGGGAACCAGGACUUUGCUCAAGAUUGCGAAAGAGUCGAGGACAAGGUCGUUUGUAUAUAGGAGAUCAGCGAGUGUUAUCAAUGAUGGAAAGACGGAUUUGAGGGAUGCCAAUGAAACGUUCCCUGUUAUCACUGGUGACCAGCAACCUGAAUUCUACACACAUACAAAGGCCCUCACCGACACAGAAGUCCAACCACAAAACCGCGCCCCGAAUGCUCCGUACUUCCUCAUCUGCGCUAUUCGCCCCUCCGGUAUCUUCGGCGUUGGUGACUUAGUCGUCAUUUCCGGUAUCCUUGACGCAUAUUACAAAGGAAAAACCUGGGUACAACUCGGCUCAAAUAAGAACCCCUUCAACUUUACCGAAAACACUAACGUGGCGCAUGCUCACUACCUUGCAGUCGUAGCAUUGUUCAAGCAACAUGAUGAACAAUCGCAACCAACACCCAAUGAAAAGAUCGACGGGGAAGCUUUCUUCAUUACAAACGAUGAGCCUCACUGCUUCUGGGACUUUACGCGACUAGUGUGGCGGUAUGCCGGGGAUACUACGUGUCCAGAGGAUAUUUGGACGAUUACGCGGCCGUGGGCGUUUCUGAUAGCUGUGGCGUUAGAGUGGAUCUUCUGGGCGCUCAGGCUGGGCGAACCACCACUUACAAGGACGAAGUUUCGGCUUAGUUACAUGACGAGAUAUUUCUGUAUGGAUAAAGCGAAGACGAGACUUUGGUAUAAGCCGUUGGUUGGGCUCGAGGAGGGUUUGAGGGUGGCAGUGGAAGAUUGCGUGAGACGGCGCCAGGAGAAGCAGAAUGGAACGCAGAAAGCAUCAAGAUGGGUGAAUGGUUUUAUGUCAUGGACACGAGUUUCAACUCCUAAGAAUAUGAAAAUUGAUUCGUCCGAUGGGAUUAAAUUAUAGAAACAAUGUGUCUAGAUGCUGUA